AUGGCUGGCCAACUGAAAAAAAAAACCCUAAGUGCCGGGAUAGCACACAUCAACGUGGGACCCUCGCACACGCCGUUCGACGUGCACCUGGAGCUGCUGUGCGAGUGCUCCCCCUAUUUCGACGCCGUCUACAAGGACAGAGCCCGGUCAGGCGUCACCGAGGGUCCUCCCGUCAUCUUCCCAGCCGAAGACCCCGAUGUCUUCGCCGAGAUAGUCAGUUGGAUGUACCGCGGCGCGCUGUCGCCGGAUCUCGAGUCGCGGUGCCAGGUCAUCUUCCUGUUCCAGCUAUGGGUGCUGGCGGGGAAAUUCCAGAUCAGCCCGCUGCAAACAAUGGCACUGGAGAUGAGCGAGAAAAAAAUCGCGAAUAAUAAGAAAUCGGUUCUCAGCGCCGCGACCGUCAGUUAUGUCUAUGCGCGCACCGACCAGGGCGCUUUGCCGCGCCAGCUGGUUGUGGAUGCUUGGGCGAAGAGCGCCACUGUGCUGGAGUAUGCGCGCCAGAAGGAUACCUUCCCGCGCGACUUUCUGGAGGAUCUCUGUGGGAAAUUAAUCGCCAAUAUGGAACUUACGCGAGAACCGACGCCUGUUGAGGGCCGGCCGCCUGUGCCGCUGCAAUCACCGCAGCGCAAGUCUAUACACAGGUCGAAAGACAGUUCACCUGUGUCUGAUGAGGGUCAAUCUUGGAAGACGGCAGAGUCGCAGCAGAAAUCUAAAGAGGCGCCUACAGCGGAGAAUUCUGCGAAACUUGCGAAACCCGCCGAGACAGAACAGCAGCCAAAACAAGGGCAACUCUGGCCCCCGAGAUCGUCAUCUACACAGCCGCCUGAGCCUUCAGAACGAGUUAAGCAAGGGCCGCCUCGAUCUGCGUCUUCAGGCGCAAGAAGGGGCCUAAAGAUCGCGAAUCUCAUGUCGCCAGAGCAGAUGCAGGAGAGGAAGUACAAGGACCCGAAUCGUUUGGGCGCGUCUUCAUCUGCAUCUGCGCCUGGCCGGUAUACGCAAGAACGGCCUGGAGAGAGCAAGGACAGUGGGGCGGAGAAUAGUGAGAGCUCUUGA